GGGUUUGUGAAAGUGACGAGAGAGCGGAGAGGUCAGAGUGGCGUGUUGUGCAAAGUACGUUGAAAUGAGGGUCCGAUAAACACGGGCGGUCUCGUGUUUCUGAACAGCCUGAAUAAAGGAAAGUGGAAUACAUACUGAAUUUGGAAAUACCGGAGAAAGAUGUACCAGCACUCUUUUUAACCGCUGCUCUCGCCUCCCUCUCUGUGAGACAAUCCCUGAUUAAUAUGAACUCAUAAUAAGCUAUAUUCACUUCUAAUUUUUCUUCUGUGGAGUGCAACCAAAAUAAAAAAGUCGGAUAGUGAUCAAAGUUAACAAAACGUUGCUUUCCUAGAGCGCUGUUCAGAAACACGUGACCGUGAACGUGUCUGUUUUCAGUCUGUGCUUGAAAAGAAAGAUCUGGUGUUGUUGUUGACGUUGUUUUGGAUAAUUAGCGGAUUAAAUAUCCCGUCUGAUGUUCUAAUAUUCACACAGAAGCAGCGGUUUCUCUCACCGCACUCACCAACAGACGUCACUUUUCUUAACGAGGAUCGUCCUCCUAACAUUAUGAAGUCUUGAUGAUUAAAUCCACUUAAUAUAUAAAAGAUGCUUGUGUAGUGGAGCUGCUAGUCCCCCCCCUCUCUCACAGAAGCAGAACUGGAAACGUGUAGUGUUGUUAUUUGUGACUCAUUCAUUAAAAGAAGUCAGGGCUUCAGCGAGUCAGAGUUUAAACACGGUCAGCCGAGAGCUUCAUCUCGCUUCUUCUUUUCCUUUCAGACACUUUCGGUCACUCAAAGGUCCAGAUUUUAUGACGUAUCGGAGAACAACACAUACCUGUAAAUAUGCAUUUUCUAGAUAUUUACAAACAAAGAACUUUGGGAGCGCCUCAAUUUUGUAGAAGCUGUUCAAAGAAGAGGUUUGCCCUUUUUAAUUAUGCAAAUUCACAAAAAAAAAAAUUACGAUUCUGAAAAUGGACAACAAAGCGGCGGGCGGUCGCAGCAUCUCGUUGUGACUCCUCCAGGCUCUUUGUUUUCUUGUUUUUAAAGAUGUCGUCUGGCUGAUUGGACAAAGAGGAGAGCUCAGACGUCUCUCACUGUACGAUACAUUUUUUCAGUGAAACUUUCUGAAUCUGGUUCUGUUCCCUCACUUCUUCACAGCUGUACAACAAUCAACAUGGUUUUCUUUCUGUUGUUGUUUUUUAAUUUUUAAUGUGAAGACUGUUUUCUUUUCGUGCAUGUUGACAUGAGCUGGCUGGUUUUUAUCCCUGUUUUUAUCAGUUUGUAUUGAUUUGUGGAUUAAAAAGAAAACAGAAAAAAAAACUUUUGUUCAACCUGCAGAGUCAAAUUUUGGUAUAUUAUUUGAUGUGUACAAUAACUUGUGACAUUAUCAACAAAACUAUUAUAAUAUUUUACUAACAUGUCGAUCAGUAUGUAAUGGUCAUGUAAGCUCUUUUUUUUUUUAGCAGGGCUAACGCUGAGGUUGCUCCCUGGCGUGUGUCGGAUGUGUCGGACGCGUUUGAAGGCGGAGUCAGGUUACCGCUGAGCUGUCAUUGGCUAAUCUCUGAAGUUGUGCAAUACUAAUAUUUCACCGCUUCACCGGCUACACGUUUAUUUAUUUUGAAGCAGAGGAGAUUGAGCCAAAGACAUUUUUAAAGGGAUUUUAUUUCACAUUAACGCUUCAUCGUGUCGAAGUUAACUCUCACUCUCACCGCUCCAUAAAUCAGCCCGUAAAUCCUCUCUCUGUGUCGUCUUCAGGAACACACAGGCCUGUUUGUGUGUCACAUGGAAAGGGAGCAACCUUCUGCCCAGCCAGUAGAGAGCACUGUGUUCAGCCUUCUAUAAACGCCACAUCUCCUCCGCCUGUUCUCUGUUUGCUCUCCUCUGUUCUCCCCCUCUCCUGCUGCAGUGAAUCAAUGGCACACCUGUUCUCCCAGCCUCCCACUCCCAUUGGUUCCUCCCUCGUGGGUACAAAAAUAAUGAAUAGAUCUGUUUUACUCUUCUUCAUUUCAAUUGGUGGUGGUUAUAAUAAAGGAUAUAGACUGUGUUUCAAAGGUUUAUUUUCUUUUUUAUUUGUUUCUCUAUUAAAGUGUUUUUAUUGAAA